AUGGCGGGAGGUGUAGGAUUUAAUUCGUCCACCAAUAAUGUAGGAAAGAACUACCCAGGAAAGAUAACUUGUUAUGUGAUAUGGGCAUGUUUCACUGCUGCUUGGGGUGGUUUAAUUUUUGGUUACGAUAUUGGUAUCUCUGGUGGUGUUACUUCCAUGGCUUCUUUCUUAGAGAAGUUCUUCCCUUCUGUGUAUCGAAAAGAAACAAUUAAUUCUUCAACUAAUCAGUAUUGUAAGUUUGAUAGUAUGAUUCUUACUUUAUUUACAUCUUCUCUUUACUUGGCUGCUCUUGUGGCUUCUUUCUUUGCUUCUACUGUGACAAGAAAAUUUGGAAGAAGAAGAUCUAUGGGUACUGGUGGUUUUAUCUUUUUCUUGGGAGCGGUUAUAAAUGCAGCUGCUGUGAAUGUUGAAAUGCUUAUUGUUGGAAGGAUUUUGCUUGGUUUUGGUGUUGGAUUUGCUAAUCAGUCGGUGCCACUGUACCUAUCAGAGAUGGCUCCCUACAAAUACCGUGGAGCUAUAAACACCGGUUUCCAGCUAAUGAUAACUUUUGGCAUCCUCUUCGCCAACCUCAUAAACUACUUAACAGCAAAGAUAAAUGGUGGGUGGGGUUGGCGGUUGAGUUUGGGCGGCGCCACCAUUCCCGCCGCCAUCAUAACAAUCGGAGCUUACUUCCUUCCUGACACACCAAACUCUCUCAUCGAGCGUAACUUGAAGGAAGAAGCUCGUGAGAAGCUCCAACGCAUCCGUGGGACCGACCAUGUGGAGGAAGAGUUCCAAGACCUUGUAGCUGCUAGUGAUGAUUCGAAGAAGGUUCUUCACCCAUGGAAGGCCAUUUUGGAGAGGAAAUAUAGACCUCACCUCGUUAUGUCCAUUGCAAUUCCGUUUUUCCAGCAGUUCACCGGCAUUAAUGUUAUCAUGUUCUAUGCUCCCGUUUUGUUUAAAACGCUGGGUUUUGGAGACAAUGCUUCGCUCAUGUCAUCGCUUAUCACUGGCUUUGUUAAUGUUUUGGCUACCUUAGUCUCCCUCUUUACUUCCGAUAGAUUUGGUCGGAGAGUCCUCUUCUUGGAGGGUGGAAUCCAAAUGUUUGUCUGCCAGAUCAUAGUAGGGGUACUAAUUAAGUACACAUUUGGAACAAAAGGAGUGGCCGUCCAUCUAUCGACUGGAACCUCUGCUGCUGUGGUAUUACUCAUCUGUCUCUUUGUGUCGGCAUUCGCGUGGUCAUGGGGGCCAUUGGGUUGGUUAGUACCCAGUGAAAUCUUCCCUCUUGAGAUCCGAUCAGCUGGACAAAGUAUCAAUGUUGCAGUAAACAUGUUCUUCACCUUCUUGAUCGGCCAGUUCUUCUUAAAGAUGCUUUGUGGCAUGGAAUAUGGUCUCUUCUUCUUCUUUGCUGCUUGGGAGCUCAUGAUGACUGUUUUUAUCUACUUUUUUCUACCUGAGACUAAAGGGAUUCCCAUUGAAGAGAUGUAUCAGGUGUGGAAGAGCCAUAAGUACUGGAGCAAGUUCGUCUCUGAAGAAGAAGAAGGAGCUGCAAUGGCAAAUGCUGAUGUUGAUGACGACAUCUUGGGUCAUGACCCAACAGCCUCUCGCUUUGAGGAAGAGAUUGCAAGGAUCAUGGGCAAGGAAGCGGGUCUCUUUGUUCCUUCAGGCACCAUGGGUAACCUCAUAAGUGUACUAGUUCAUUGUGAAGUUAGAGGAAGUGAAGCCAUUCUUGGAGACAAAUCCCAUAUCUAUAUUUUUGAGAAUGGAGGAAUCUCAACUAUUGGUAAUGUACAUGCGAGAACCCUGAAGAAUAAUUCGGAUGGAACGAUGGAUAUUGAUCUGAUUGAAGCUGCUAUAAGGGAUCCUGAGGAGGAGCUUUACUUCCCGACUACUAGACUUAUCUGUUUGGAGAACACACAUGCAACUCUUGGUGGUAGAUGCAUUUCUGUUGAAUACACAGACAAAGUCGGAGAGCUAGCUAAAAAACAUGGGGUGAAGCUUCACAUAGAUGGAGCACGGAUCUUCAAUGCUGCAAUUGCACUUGGGGUUCCUGUUAAUAGACUUGUGCAAGCUGCAGAUUCAGUUUCGGUCUGUCUCUCCAAAGGUUUGGGGGCUCCUGUUGGAUCUGUCAUUGUAGGUUCAAAAAGCUUUAUUACCAAGGCUAAGAGACUUCGGAAAACCAUAGGUGGGGGAAUGAGGCAGGUUGGUGUCCUAUGUGCUGCUGCUUUUGUUGCAUUGCAAGAGAAUCUCCCAAAGCUUGAGGGUGAUCACAGGAGAGCAAAAGUUUUAGCAGAUGGACUGGCUCACAUCAAAGGAAUAGAAGUGGAUAUGGGUUCAGUUGAGACCAAUAUUAUAUAUUUUAAUGUUUCAGAGGGCUCAGACAUCACAGCAAGCAAGCUCUGCCAGAUUCUGGAAAAACAUGGUAUACUUGUGAGGACAACAGGUCCAUCCAGCAUAAGGGCUGUUCUCCACCAUCAAAUCUCAGAAAGUGAUAUUCAGUACACCCUGUCAUGCAUUCAGCAAACUUUUCAACUCCAGUUCGAGGAAAAUGGAAAAUGAGAAUGUCGAUCCUUAAACCGGAAGAUGCUUCCUGCUCUUUUUAAGAAGAAUAGUAACCAUUUGCAAGCCAAAAAGAUGAAUGCAGGCUCAAAAGUCAUGGAACUCAUCCGAAAAAUAAUGUAAUUGAUACUUUCAUUGUUUGAGAACUGUUUUUCUAUUUUUCCUUUGUAAACUCAUGUAUCUAAAUACAUAUCUUUUAAUUCUCCAUUUCCCAUUUACUUGA